AUGGAUUCAGGCAGAUCUUUGAAAACACCAGGCGGCCUGGUCUAUGAAAGUUCAUUAUUACUAUUUUUACUUGAACAUUCAUCAUUAACUUCUAAUACGAAUCAUUUGAUAGGUUUUGACCAUCAUUUAUCAUCGACAGUAACCAUUGAUAAUUCAUUAAAUCCAUCGAGUAUACACCAAAUUUAUCCUCAAUAUCUUGAACAUAACUUACAUGUUCGACAAACACCAUUUAUUGAAUAUUUAUUAUUAUUUUUAUUUAAAUGGUUAUCAUUAGUUGAACCCGAUCGAUAUUGUAGUAAACAUCAAUAUCAAUAUACAUCACUUAUAUUAGAACGUCUUAUACAAGAUACAUUUCUCGAAACAACAAUUGAAUAUCAUCAAAUAUUGAUACGUAUUACUCAAUUAUAUAUGGAACGUUUACAACUGUUUACUUGUCGACAUUUGAAACAAUGA